AUGAGGGAAACCCCUGUAUUGGUAUCCAACAUCCAACUGCGCAGGGGGAUAGGCAGGCUUUCAGUUUAUCGGAUAGAAAUCAUGAAAUCCCCGAUCCCAUGCGCACUUUACCGACAGAGAGGAAGACGACAUUUUUCUCACCUAUCCGCGUCAAGAGCGCUGAAAGAGUUUUGGCCAUCUGAUCCGUGGUCUUCGCGGCUCCCAUAUAUUGCUCCCCUAAAACAAGUGCAUGGUGUAGGCAAAAGGCUCGCUUGUGGGCCCCAAUAUCAUCCGCUACGUCCGUACCAUUUUGGUAGCAGCAGGAGUAUUUGGCGAACCAACCGAGAUGUUAAGAUAGGCGGCAAGAGCCAAUAA